ACGUACUUAUUACAUUCUCACUUUGACAUUCGCAUUAUCAACAUGUCUGCUAAGUUCGUUGUCGUCCUCGCUUUGGCCGUCGCCGCCUCAGCCCUGCCCGUAGUCCCCGUUGGCAAAAUCGCUUACGCGGAAGCGCCCGCUCAGUACGACUUCCAGUACUCCGUCCACGAUGGUCAAAGCGGAGACGUGAAACAGCAGCAGGAGAACCGCGAUGGCGACGCCGUGCACGGCUCCUACUCUCUGGUGCAGCCCGACGGUGUGCACCGCAUCGUAGAGUACACCGCUGACAAGGAGCACGGAUUCAUCGCCAAUGUGGCUUACUCCGCCCCCGUCGCCUACGCCGCUCCUGUCGCCAAGGUGGCCUACUCCGCACCUCUCACCCACGUGUCUUACUCUUCCCCCUCCAUCUCCUACCAGCACUAAAGUCACUAGUCGUUAUCUGUUGUCGUUGCUUAAGUUAUUUAUGUGAUAUAAAUAGUUACAAAUAAAUUAUUUGUUUAAGAUUUA